AUGGCUGGAAUAGACUCAACAGCCACUCAGGCCCCGACUAAACCGGCCGUCCCCGUCGUCACCUCGUUCCCCUUCAACCCCCUAACGACAACUUUUACCCGUCCCUCGGACUGCGAUGGCAUCUUUGCAUCCAGCUUCCUCUCUGGCAUUGACUUCUCAACGACCUGCCUGCCCAAAGGCUUCCACACUGACGAGAUAUCGUACUUCUCGCCCGGCCUGGUGUGCCCUACGGGCUACUACUCUGCUUGCCACGAUAACAUCGGCGCGAAGAGCAUCACGACGGUAACAUGCUGUCCGACAUUUGGAACCGACCUUUCACUUUCGUGUGUCACGGCUAGCACGCUGGCGAGUGUUUGGUCCACGCUGUUUUGUACAUGGGUUGCAGGCGAUGUUACUUCGCUCCCCAUGACGGUGAGCGACAACGGCAUCACGAGCACGGUGACGAGAUCUUUCUCAGGACGUGAAGGACUCAAUGCUUUUGGCGUUCGAAUGGUCUACCAAAAGACUGACACUCAGAGGACAACAAUGGCAACGACAACCAAGCACACGGCAACCGAGUACACACCAACAUCCUGGACAUGGUCUGGGUGGCCGGCAUACCCAACGGGCCCUGAGUCUAGCGACUCAUCCGGUGGCCUCUCCUCAGGAGCAAAGGCUGCGAUAGGAGUAGGAAUUGCCGUGCCCAUAGUCGUCGUCGGUCUGGCCGUCGGCUUGUUUGUUUGGUGGUGGAGGAGACGGAAGCAGUACAACAAAGUGCUGAUGGGCCAGCAGACACAGCCCACAGAGCUUCACAACCAAUCGACGCCUAGCGAGUUGGUGGGAACGAUGGGCAAGCCUAUGCAUGCUGCCGAGGUGCCUGCGCAUGAACCUCCCGCGACUGAACUGCCGGCGUCAUGGCGGUAG